GGAGUGCUAGUUGAGUAGUAUACGGCAGUUGUUGUUUGUAGUUGUCAGAGUAAUGUUAUGGUGACAGGCACGUCUCGUGCUUAUCUACCUUUUUUUAUAGAAGAUGAAUGGUGAACACUGCCUGGAACUAUGCAAUGUGUUUCACACAGGUCAUGUGGAACCAGGUACCUGCAUGCAAAGACUUAUGGGCAAUGUGAAGACAGGUAUUAUUUUGAAAGAUGUGUCACUCGAGGUUCAUGGUGGAGAAGUUCUCGCAGUUCUUGGGUCUAAAGGAAGUGGAAAACGUGCAUUGUUGGAGGUGAUUUCACGGCGUGCCCAAGGUCCUACUAGGGGGCAGAUAUUAUUGAAUGGAAUGCCAAUGUCAUUAAGAUUGUUUCAGCAAAGUUGCGGAUAUGUUACUCAUAAGUGUGACCUUCUUCCUGCAAUUACAGUGGAGCAGACAUUGUAUUAUGCUGCUCAACUGACAAUUGGAUCUAAGAUCUCACACUAUGUGAAAGCAUCAAGAGUUAAACAAGUCAUGGCUGAUCUUGCAUUGACCCAGGUGGCUAACCGUGGAACACAGUAUCUUACACCAAGUGAAUAUCGUCGUCUUAUGAUAGGAGUUCAGCUUGUUAGAGAUCCAAUUCUGCUGCUGCUAGAUGAACCGACAUGGGACUUGGAUCCUUUGAACACUUAUCUUAUAAUAUCCAUUCUUUCAAACCAUGCACGAAAAUAUGGAAGAAUUGUUGUUCUUACAAUGGAGAAACCUCGUUCAGAUGUUUUUCCAUUUUUGGAUCGUGUAAUGUAUCUAUGCCUAGGAGAUGUAGUUUAUACUGGUGGCACUCGACUUAUGUUAGAUUACUUUCGCAGCAUUGGAUUUCCAUGCCCUGAACUUGAGAAUCCUCUCAUGUAUUACUUGUGCUUGUCAACUGUGGACCGUCGAUCUCGUGAGCGUUUUAUUGAAUCAAAUCACCAAAUAGCUGCUCUCGUGGAGAAGUUUAAAAUAGAAGGUGGACCUUUCCGGAAAUCUUCUAGUUCUACUGUUGGCAAUGUUGUCCCUGAUGGUCCAGACCUAGUUCAUGGAGGUGUGGCAGCAAACUCGAACAAAGUCCCAUUGUCAGCAUUUGGGAGACCAGGGUGUUUACGUGUUAUGUGUAUGCUGUAUAUGAGGUGUUUGGCAACUACAUUCAACCUAAAGAGAACAGGUGUGACUUGUCUUGCCUUACGUUUGCUGGCAUUGCCGAUAUUUCAUUUUCUGUUGUGGAUCUUCUACAGUGGAAUGCAGGAUUAUCAGAGGACAUUUAUCACUCGUAAUGGGCUUGUAUUUAACUGUAUUGCAGGUGCAUAUGUUGUCGCAAUAAUUGUAACAGCCUGCACAUUUCCACCUCAUCGAACUCGAUACUAUCAAGAAGCCCAAGAGGGGUUGUAUAGUGGACCACUUUUUCUUUUGUGCUAUCUGCUGUAUUCACUGCCAUUUUCAGCAGUUUCUGUUGCAGCGGCGUCAAGAAUUUCAUUUGAAUUGAUUGGUAUAAAGGCUUUGUCCGAGUGGCUUCUGUUUGGUGGCAUUUUGUGGGCUUGUUACUUACUGGCUGAACAGCAAACUAUAGCAAUUCUGAUGACUGUAUGCAGUUCUUUUAGAGCUGCUGUCUGCAGUCUUUAUAUAUCAACAGUAUAUCUGAUACUUGGGAGUGGCGUUUUGAGAUCAUUUCAUGGACUUCCAGACUGGCUGUUAUAUUUGACAUAUGCAACUCAAUCUCGAUAUGCAGGAGCAUUUCUGAGCCAGCAGAUCUUUACAAAAGAUGGUCUCCUCAACAACUUGCCAUAUGAUGCUAAUGUGAACUGUACAUCAUUUUUUCUUUCACAGAGCUCCUCACAAGCCUCUUCCUCCUCCUUUGUGUGUAGAUAUGCAAAUGGAAUGGCAUUCCUUUCAGAACGUUAUGGGAAGAAAGAUGGAGUUGACACUUUGGCAGAAAUUUUGGAUCGUGAUUUAAAUUUUGGUGUAGUAUAUGCCUUUUCCAUUGGCCUCAUCAUAAUAAAUGCACUUCUCUACCUUGUUCCACUGCCAGCUUUUGUGAAAGCAAAGUUUCGUGAGUAAAUGAAUUGCCGUUCUCCUCAAGAUAUACUGAUAAAGACACGUUUAAAAUGUUGUAGCAUAUCAGAAAUGUAUGACGUCAUAGUCUUGUCAGUGGCAAGGAACUGCACACAUUUCACAAAUUAAUGUGAUGUUGGUUACUCAGAUACCUAUGCCAGGUACUGCUAACAGCAGAAUAUCUCCAAAUUGCAUUGAUCUGUACUGACACUGAUAUGAUAAAUGACACUAGCUACUCAAAUAAACAGGAUCCAAACUGUUGUGACCAGACAAAACCAAGGUCAACUGGCCAUAACUGUGGGUUCUUUGAUUGCUGUGGGAGAAGGCUCAUCAAACUAUAACACGUGAAAUAUUAGUUCACUUUAUUACAUAAAUGAAUAAAAGAUUUACUUAACUUUAACACAGUUCUUUGCCUCAGGAUUGCUUGAUAAUUUACGACUGCCAUUGACUAGGAAAGCAUCACUUGAUGCACAGGUUAACAAACUAUCCUUUUGCAGUACAAAAUGCAUUAUUUAUGAAAGUACAUUUCAUCAGAAACUUUUAACUGUUACUGUCCUACCCGAUUGAUGUUGACUACAACUGUAGCUGAGGUCUCGAACUGGAGGAAAGCUCUUCCAAGCUCGGCUAAACAUUCUGCUGCUGUGUUGAGAGGAGAGGUGUUGGCAUCAGGAGUACCUUUGAUUCAUCAUUGCCGUCUGCAGUGGAACCUCACUAGCAUCUGUGGUAGCGAUAUGCAUUGUUUACUUUGGCGUGACGCCACAAUCUCUGAAUGAUACCACUGACACAGUACUUACAAGAACUUAAAAAUGAUAGUGUCAUGUAAUUCUACUUUCCUACAGCAUCCACCAUUUAGAAAACAUUUUGCACAAUUCCCGACAGGUUUUCUCAUUUAAAACAAUCUGGACAACUGGUGGGAAAAGACAUAUAAGAAUCAGUUGAGAAAUGUUACAUUCCUAUUAUUUUUCAUUUCAUACACCUGGACUUUUUCACUUACAUAAUGGGGAGGGGAGGAUGGAUGGAUGGAUGGAUGGAUGGAUGGAUGGAUGGAUGGAUGUAUGUAUCAAAUAUGUAUUACACUUAAUCAAUUGGAUAAACUCAACCAGAUCAGAACAGUACUCUUUAUAAAUUGGAAGAGAGAGAUUGUUGUAUUGUUGUGUAAAAUAUUUAUAAAAUUUUCAUAUUGUACUUGUAUUUUUCUGAGAACUGUAUGUAUUGAAAGGUAUUCUCUUUCAUGAAUAAAUCUAGCAUAACGU